AUGUUUGCAGCACGAGUUAUUGGCCGACAGGCCCGGAGUCUCCCCAAGUGGACACAAUUCCGUUAUGUUUCCACCCUAGAAGGGAACCCGUAUAUUUACGUGUUCCCGAAUGCUGGACCAACAGCUGGGUCACACAUACUGUCACUGCUGCCAUCAGAGCCAGUCAACCCAGAUUUAGCCAUCGGACUGUCCAGUCAACUGCCACCGACAACAGACUCUUUCAGGGAAAACCCCAAGUUCUUGGAUAUAGUCCAGGAAGUGUGUUCAGAGCAUGCUCACGAAGAUCCCGAUGCCAUGUCUCAAGCACAGGUCAUGGUUUCCAUGGCCGGGGCGAACCUGAACUCAGGCGGCGUGCUGUUGUCUGGAAAUCGCCAGCGAGGAAGGAAACGUCGGGGAGAAGCUGGUGAUUCUAACAGUGGUGCUAGUGGCCAAGGCGGUGCUGGAUCUGGUGGUCGUGGUGGCUGGAUUCAUGUGUCAGAUAGCCGACGGCCUCCUGACUAUGGACGUAUUGCAUGGCCAGAGGAUAUGUUUGGUAGUCUUGAGGUGGAUGGAAAUGGCCAGUUCGUCGGCGACAACGGCAAUUAUCAGCCUAGCGGUACUUACCGCAUGGUGACCCGAGACGGAAUCUUCGGGCUGAGCCCUUUCCUUAGAGAAAAGUUGAUUAAGAGACUACGGGAGCUGGAGACCAAACAGUCCUCUUAA